CGGGAAACUGUCUUACCAGUUGAUGAAGCCAGGGGUACUGUCACCUGAUCAAGAACAGCUCCUGCAAACUUUGCUUGGUGAUAUUGUAGAAUACGAGACACAUUUACUCAAGUUUUCAAAUGAACUCUACUCUCAUUUAAAACAGAAAGAGGACUCGUCAUGCAACAGUGGUGCAGAAAUUAACCCUGGCAUUAACGACAGAUUAACAGCCAUAGUUGAUGAUGAUGAAACUGAAUAUAAUAGUGACAUUAAAGACCACUCAGAUACUGAAAGCAGAGCUGGCAAAAACGCAAGACUGAGACAGCGAUGGGAAUUCUCCUCUGGAAUGUGGUAUUUGCGAAAAGAAAUCCUGUUCAUGGUUUGUGCUUCAACGUCAUUUGUCGUCACAUGAGACAAAAAACUACCAGGAUAUAUGAUUUGUUCAUAAAAACUGUUUUUCGUAAAAUAUUAGUACUUGUAGUUUUGAUAGAAAAAAAACAAAACACAUUUAUAUACAACAGUGAUGUAAUGACAUAAAUGCAUACGUUAUGUUUUAUUUCUAGAUUUAAUGUACAAAAAUAUAUCCCAGUCUUAAGAUAUGAUGCAAAAUGUUUUGAACUUAUUAGAAGUUAUAGUAGUUGUUUAUCCACCUGCGCAAUCUUGUGUCAGUAUAACAUGAUCAUAAUACGAAACAAGGCUAUCGAGUGUUGGUGAUAAGAUACAUGUAAAAUGCCCCUUUACAGACAUGCGGCAUAGUUCAUAUUUUGUUUCUGAAACAUAAAUCGUGAUUUGUCGUCUUUGAAUAUCUUAUAAGACUUACGUACUGUGUAUCAAAACAAUAAAUAAAUCGAUACUAACACUAAAACACAUGGACGCUGUACAAUGAGAGUAAAACCGAGAUAAAAUGUUUAACUCCUCUAAGUUACAGUGUAACAUCUGCAGAAACAUUAUUGUAGUUCCCAUCAUUUUAUCACGUGCUUAAUUUUGUCGUUGGAAAAUUGAAUGGGUUUAAACAGAAAGAAAAAGUACCACAAACAACUUCGGAAAAGGCAAAACCCAAGUUGCACGGUAUCCAAAAGGAUGUAAUCUUGGACACAAGCAACUUUAUUAAGGCAAAAUUGAAAACAGUAGAGUUGGCAUUUAAAUUUGUGGUGGCAAUCAACAGAAAACAUCAUAAUUAUGUUUGUUCAUUUUCAGAGAAGAUGGAUUUAAUCGCAGCCAAACAUUUUCUUAUUAUAGUUUAUCAAUUUCAAUCCACUAUAUACAGCGUAACUGUUGUGCUGUAUUUUAAUUUGCGAGUUCAUUCAAAAUAUAGUCUUAGUGGACUCGUCAACUCUGUAAUGUGACUUAACUGGUCGAACACCUCUUGGUAUAUUAUUCAAUUUUCUUAAGGUUCCAUACUUUGGUAUGGUUCCUUUCCUUCGGUUAAACUCGUGAUCUCUGCAAUAAAAAGUAACACUGGUAAUUUGUAUAAUUUAUUGCAAUGUCAUGCAAAAUUAAUAUAAUAUAAAGAACUGAACAUAUAACAUUAUACACUGUUGCACUUGGCGCUUUUGUUUUGUUUCUAACAAAAUAAAUUAUGCAAGUAAACGGCAUUUCAAUGUUUGUCCUUGCCAUUCAUUUCUGUAGCAAUACUUAUAUGUCUUCUGUAUUA